UUUUAGUUAAUUAUAUAAAAUCAAAUCAAAAUCUUGAGGCCCUGACAGACUCAUGAACAUUAGAUUUAAAGAAUUUUGCGUCUUUUUCUCCCAACUGUUAGUGAUUUGUCUCUGCUGUCUCGUAUAAAGAUGUUAAUGAUUCACACACUGACCAUGGCCUGGGACUGAAACACCGAGAUGCAGUUUUCUUUACAAUUGACUUGUUCACAGUGGCUCAAACAAGAGCAAUAUCACCAGUGACAAUCUGAGGGGAAAAAACACGGACUGACUGAAAGACAAGGCAAUUGUUCUGUCACAGGCCAUGUUCCAACUUGGAGAUCUGACCUUGAGUUGUCUGUGCCAAAAACAAAACUUGGUAUAAAAAAGAUAACAGCUGAAACAGUAUCGUCUUACAGUGAUGCUUACACUGCUAUCAGGCUACAUUUUUCCGGGGAAGCCAGAAAAGAUUUUAGCAGCACAUCCAGCCACAAUAUUAUGUAUUAUGUACUAUGAUAUGAACAAAUAUGUACUAAAUGAGUCUGCUUUCAGUGUGUUUCACAUAUUAUCACAUGGGUGACAUUUAGGUUAAACUGCUAUUUUUAGAACCCAACAUGUGGAAAAGCAAACGUCAGCUGACUUUUUUUUUUUCUCCCGUGGUUCAUAGAAAACUCAGGACGGGACUCAAUGUUGACCUUGUUAAUGUUUGACUUGUACCACGAAUGUACACAGAGAGCAUAUACAGCAAGGUCUUGGUAGCAUAAGAAAGCUGUUUUACCACAAGCAAUGAAAACCAAGUCUGAGCUAAGUAAAUCUGGACCCAUGAAUCAAGUAACUAAUGCAGCUUUCUGUGAUGUUCCUAAUAUAUUAGCUAUGUGUAAAGCUGUAUAAAUGUUUGUUAGCUUCAGAUACUACUUUGUGAGGAGCCAUUUUGUACUUGGUGAACUGAUGUAGCACCGCCAUGCAUUUAAUGUGCUUAUUAAAAUUCAAAAUGUCAGGGGUUUUGGGAUCACUGUGGAGGAAUUGAUUGCUUAAUAAUAUAUGAUUUUUUUUCUUCAGAAACUAGGAGGUGUGUCCAAGGCUGAGCUAAAUGCCUCUCUCUUGUAAAAAACAUGAUGGCAUGAUGUAAUUAAAGGCUGAUGCAGCCUGUUAUUGUGAUAGUCAAUAUCUAUAGAUAGGUUACUUGGCUCCUCUACAGUUUACAGAUCCGUUCUUUAACAUAUUGCAUUUUGGCUUUGAAUUAGUAUUGCUAUCGACUGCUGUAAUAUUGGACCGGAGGAAUAGCUUAACACAGUUGGGCUUGCAAGGCUUUUGUUGCCACAGGGUGCUGGGUCAAUGAACUCUGCUGGUUUGUGUGGAAUGCUUUAUUUGCCUGGGUUAUUGUUCCCCUUCUGCAGGGAGCAUGGUGUACAAUUUCCAUCAGGAACUUUUUACCCUUUUUAAAAACAAUGAUGUUUUAUGCUCCUACAAUUUUUACCACUUUGUGCACUGUUUUCCAGUUGGCAUAUUAAUGCGUGAUGAAAAAAGUAUAACUUGCUGAGCUUAAAGCUUUUUGUGGAUAGAAAGUAAUUAAAUGUUUCUGUAGAUUUUAUUAAUACAGUACAGAAGUUUGUUCUUUAUGCAGUUUCUUGUAUAAAUUUAGAACGGCGUAUAUUUUGUCUUGAACAUUUGGCAUAAAAUACAAAUAAUUGAUUUGGUGAAUCAUGAGAAUUUAUUUGUAAAGCAGGGGACAAAAGAAAUGCACACCACCUCGGGUGUUUUUAUGUGCAGCUGCUCAUUCAGUCCUGACUGGAUUAGUAGGCGGAGCCGAUACCCGAUCCAUUACUCUGGCCUUGAUUAGAAUGGCUGCCAGGGCACAGCAGAGCACAGAGCUCGUUUCAGCACAGCGACGGUGACUAAUAACACACGGCGGUGCUGAUUUGCUGAUGCGCAGCAGCAUUAGACCUGAUGCAAAGAAGCUCAGUGGAGCAUCACUGCUGUGAGAGGGAGGAAAACGGAGGGGUGUCAUGCUGCUGCCGCAUCCGUUCCGGCGUGGGGUGUGUCAUUCUCCUGGCAGCCUGACUCUCCUUCUGCCCUCCUUCUGCACCUCCUCGGUGUCUUGUUGCCAGGAGUGAGCCCUUGGAGGCAGCGAUGACGCUAGGCUAGGGCUUUGGAAACAUACCCCACCGGAGGACUGGCUGUCUGCAAGGACCCACAGCGUUCAUGGAAUAUGAAACAAAGGCUGGCAGAGCUGGACCUGGCAACCCAACAUCACCCAGGCAGAGCGUGAGGAAAAACCUGGACUUUGAGCCCCUCUCUACUACUGCACUAAUACUGGAGGACAGACCUGCUAAUCUGCCUGCCAAGCCGGCCGAGGAGGCUCAGAAACACAGACAACAGUAUGAAGAGAUGGUGGCCCAGGCCAAGAAAAGAGAGCUGAAGGACGCUCAAAAGCGGAAGAAGCAGCUGGAGGAUCGGUGCAAGCUGGAGGAGAGCAUUGGCACAGCGGCCCAGACAUGGAACCAAGAGAUCUUGCCUAACUGGAGCACAAUGUGUACGUCUCGGCGCGUGAGAGACCUGUGGUGGCAGGGCAUCCCCCCCAGUGUGAGAGGCAAAGUGUGGAGUCUGGCUGUGGGCAACGAGCUCAACAUCACGCAUGAGCUGUAUAACAUUUGCCUGGCCCGGGCAAAAGAGAAGUGGAAUACGACUGCAGCACCUGCCACCGAGGCUGAAACGGAAGAUGUCGAUUCUUCAGACAGAGAAUCAAGCUUGGAGCUAAUCAAGCUGGACAUCUCAAGAACCUUCCCCCAACUGUGCAUCUUCCAGAAGGGCGGUCCCUAUCACGAUGUGCUGCAUAGCAUUCUGGGAGCAUACACUUGUUACCGGCCAGACGUUGGCUACGUGCAGGGAAUGUCCUUCAUCGCUGCAGUGCUGAUCCUGAACUUGGACACAGCUGACGCCUUUAUAGCUUUUGCCAACCUGCUCAACAAGCCCUGUCAGAUGGCUUUCUUUAGAGUUGACCACAGCCUUAUGUUGACCUACUUUGCAGCAUUUGAAGUGUUCUUUGAAGAAAAUUUACCAAAGCUCUUUGCACAUUUUAAGAAAAACAACUUGACCCCUGAUAUUUACCUUAUUGACUGGAUCUUCACAUUGUACAGUAAGUCGCUGCCUCUGGACCUGGCGUGUCGGGUGUGGGAUGUGUUCUGCAGGGACAGUGAGGAGUUCCUGUUCCGAACGGCGCUGGGGCUGCUGCGUCUCUACCAGGACGUCCUGACCUGCAUGGACUUCAUCCACAUGGCUCAGUUCCUCACCCGCCUGCCCGACCUCAUCCCGGCCGAGCAGCUCUUCCAGCACAUCGCUGCUAUUCACAUGACCAGCCGUAACAGGAAGUGGUCACAGGUUCUGCAGGCGUUGCAGAAGGAUCAGGAGCGAGGUAGCCCGGUUCUGAAGCGCUGAGCUGGGAUCGCAAGAAAACUAUCUCACCUCUCCAGCUCCCCUCAAGCCUUUAGAAAUUCUGGACUCUUGUCAGGCUCGGUGGACUUAAAGGCAGCAUUGUUCACUUUGGGGAGACAUCUGGUUGAACUGCUGUGAUAAAACUCUUCAGCCAGAGCUUUGGCUGGAACCAGGACCCCACUGCGGGUCUCGCUGAGGAGGUAGGGGUCUGAAUAGAAAUAUGAGGCCUUAUGAAACCCCGGGCACCCCUCCCGUGCUCCACAGUGGACUGGAAACUGUAGCUGGAGGUUGAAGAAUGUGUCACACACUCCCACGUACAACCUAGCAGAAUGAUUCAGGUUUCCACAGACCAGGAAACCUCAGAUCAGUUUCUGCUCGAUUCCUCCACAGGUUUUAAUUCUGUCAUCGGCACCAUUUCUGGCUGCAGUUCCACUUGUCUCCUCUCUUCUAGCACAUUUCUAUCAAUUUUUUUUUUAAUACAAGGUCAGAUCUAUAACGUUUAAAAUCUCCCUUCGAUGGGGAUAUUUCUAGAAUUACAUUCAUGUUGUGGAGUUUUUUUGUUAUUUUUUUGUCGUCAGUGGGGAGUUUUUUUUUUUUUUUUAUUCCAUGAAGUCAUCUCUAAAAAUAAAAAUGUUCUACGAAAUGAAAGCACGUGAAGAUUAGUUCGGUGCUUGUGACGACGCCUCAUUGUUACAUGUAACGCAUUGUUUUUCCCCUCUAUGAAGAGGUCAUAAGCUUCUGGUUUUAUUAGUUUUAUAGUGAGAUUAUGUGUAGCUGUUGGUUAUACUGUCAGACAUCACCUGCCCUGUUCUUAAUGUUUAAGGUACAUUUCAGGUAGUGUUAAUAUAUUGAUUUGUUGUCUCUAAUGUUGUGUGUGUGUGUGAUGUCUUCUGUGCAUUUAUUUAAUCUUUAUCAAAUGGAAGGAGGGAUGUGAACUAGAUUUUGAAUGAAGGGUUUCUUCUGAUUCUGUCCCCACUAGAAUGCGUUUGCACCUGAUUUCAGUACGGCAAAGUGCAGAUGAGGUUGUGACCUAAGCGUCACGUUGUGUGUACUUAUGUGUGUACUUAUGUGUGUAUGUGGUGGUAGGAGUUUAACUGCUGAUGGCCCUAGGCCGAAUCACCUCUGACCUACAAGGGAAUAUCCAGCGAUCAAGAGUCAUCUGCUGCAUCAGAGCAGAGGAAGCUGUGACAUGCACUCAGUUGUAGCAGCAGCUCUUUGUUCAACAGUUCUGUGUUCUGUUGCCAAAGUUGUUGAGCUGUAGCAGACCCAGGUAGUGGUCAGAACUAGAUCCCAAGGACGCUCAUAAUGCAUGUGGAGUUUUCAGUCCAACACUAUACAGUAGGUUGCAACCUUUUAGUUUCCUUAUUGCAGUUUUCCUAUCGAUGCAACGAAACUGAUACUGGAAUGAUGUGACGCAGGAGAAACAUUUUGCAAUGAAAUCUUAUCGAGCAAUAUCUUAAGCAGAUGUCACUGAGUCAAAAUGUGUGUAGUUAUUUUUAGAAGUCAUGCAUCUGUCCUCCUCUGCUCACACCCACCUCUAUGCUGAAGCAUUUACUGCACUAGCCCAUGUUUCAGUGGUCUGAAGGCCCACACAUAUGGUUGCUGUCACCUGCUCCUCACAGCAUCCAUCAGACUGCAUGUCCAUGUUUGUUGAAUGUGUAAAGUGGGGAGACGUGUGGAAGUCGCCUUGUCGUCUUGUUUUUCCUGCCGUGCAGAACAUGCUUGUAAAGCGUGUCAGCUGUCACCUUGGUGGAACCGCGUCGCUUUCGUGGCAUUGUCAGGUUAUAAUUGUGUCAUUGUCACGUUGCCUUCACACUGUGGUCAAAGCGUCACUUCAUCACGCCAUCACAGGGCAGCGCUAGGACUCUGUCAGUCACGUUACAUCCCAAUAAGACAAUAGGUUUUGUUUGUAAUGAGAGGAGGCAAAGGCUAUUGAUCCCAUAGAAGUGUGACAGUUAACCUGUUUAUCAAAUGAAGUAAAACCCUGUGUGUGGGAGGGUUCAGCGUCUGGAGCUGUGUGCUCCUAUUGGCAAUGAAGCUGCUUCAUCCUGUGUUGUGCUACUGAUGCAACAGACUUGACUGUGUUGUGCCCCCUGUGAUGUUGAUGUUGUGUCUCCGUCCCUGUACUGACACGUGGACCACAGCUGAUCAGUGAGACGGGUUUAUGAACAGGAAGCGCCGCUCACUCGUGAGUUGUCGUCAGCCUGCUUUCUGGCUGCUAACAGACUGUGUGCCGCAGACUUUCUGAUCACUCUUCCUGAUGCACUCCCCCCUCGCCCCCCAGUGUGGUGACACACCGCAGGACUGCAAUAAAGCUAUUUGCACAUUCAUGUAUUCACUUAGAGUUGUGCCUGAUAUCAGUUCUCAGUCACAUAAGGCUCAGUUAUUCAUCUUUUGUUGUGUUUUUUUGUGUGUGUGUGUGUGUGUGUGUAACGUUUAGCUGUAUGUACGCAGACCAGUGUGUGUUUGAUUUGUUGGGUAUUAGACUAAUAAUUGUUACAGUAAAGGCUGGUCUGUGUAUAAAUGAACCCUCACAGCUCUACCUACACUACCUGUAAACUACAACUUGCAGUGGUCAAAACCAAAUUGAAACAAACUUUAAAUAAUGAUUCAAAAUAACAUUUUUUUUUCUUGUGUUGCUUCUUUUUGUUUGCAUUGUUUCCCUUCUCUUUCCAGAGCCUCGUGUACUGUAGAGAACUGACUGUAUGUGGAAUCAGCAAAGGGGAGAGGGGGGUCACCACGCAACCGUUUCUCACUUGAAAUGUAUCUAAAUGAUAGUUUUAUUACAAUAAAGACUUGUACAUAUACGUACUCAUGAAA